GUUGAUUAUCAAAGCUAUUUUUUUUUGUAAAUAAAUUCAGGGUUUUUAAAUAAAAAUUUUAUAAAUUUAAAGGUAUUUAGCCGUAAAUCAUAUUAACCUGAAGUAUUAAAUAUAUUUAACACCAAUUAUCUGAUGAAAAAAAACUUUAAACAUAAAAAAAUUAAUUUAGUUUUCGUAUGCUUCAAUAAGAAAUGAAUCCAGUGCUUACCUUUCUAUUAUUUUUAACUGUGCGCGUUGCUUCGGUUUUCAUUGUCAAAACAUUUUAUGUUCCUGAUGAAUAUUGGCAGAGUUUAGAAGUAGCUCAUAAGCUUGUAUUUGGGUAUGGAUAUUUAACAUGGGAAUGGCUUGAGGGAAUUAGAAGUUAUAUAUAUCCUGUUAUAAUAGCCGGAUUGUAUAAAAUUUUAGCAUUAAUUCACUUGGAUUUGGUGGAAUAUCUUGUUAUAUCUCCCAGAUUUUUGCAAGCGCUAUUGUCAAGUUAUGCCGACUACCGCUUUUAUAUUUGGACUGGUAAAAAAAAAUGGUCAAUAUUUCUUUUACUUAUAACGUUUUUCUGGUUCUAUUGCGGUUCGAGGACAUUAGCAAACACAUUUGAAACUGCGUUAUCUACUAUAGCGUUAAGCUAUUUUCCGUGGGAUAAACGAGAUAAAACCUCCUAUUUAUGGUUUGUUGGAACUUGUUGCUAUAUAAGACCAACUGCCGCAAUAGUGUGGUUACCGUUAUGUUUGAACCACUUACUUUCAACAAAGUUAUCUAAAACUGAAUUGAUUUUAAAAAGGUUUGUGCCCAUUGGUUUAAUAAUUUUUAGCAUUGGAAUCGCAAUAGACAGUUAUUUUUACGGAAAAUUAAUAUUAACGCCAUGGGAAUUCAUAAAAUUUAAUUAUUUACUUGGAAUUGGAAGUUUUUAUGGAACUCAUCCUUGGCACUGGUAUUUUUUAACAGGACUUCCCAGUAUUUUAGGCGUAAACUAUUUACCAUUUCUUAUUGGGGUUAUACAAACCAUUAGAAAUAAAGAAAUGUAUAUCAUCAGAAAGCAACUACUAAUAACAAUAUUUAUUACUUUGAUUACGUAUAGUAUAUUUCAGCACAAAGAAUUUCGAUUUAUUUUAAUUUUACUGCCAUUGUGCUUGUAUAUAUCGGUUGACACAUUAGUGAGAUGGAGUUACAAAGCAUCAAAGUGGGCGGUAUGGGUUGUAGCUAUUAUACUUUUAAUUGGGAAUGCUAUUCCAAAUUAUUAUUUAAGUUUAGUACACCAAAGAGGAACUCUUGAAGUUAUGCCGUUUUUGGCAGAAAUUUCUAAAGUAUAUACUGAUGAAGUCAACUCGCGUGCAAAUAUAUUAUUUUUAAUGCCAUGUCAUUCAACACCUUACUACAGUCAUAUACAUCAAAAUGUGACACUUCGGUUUUUAACUUGUAAUCCAAAUAUACACAUGAAGCAAAAUUAUAUAGACGAAGCGGAGCUAUUUUAUAGAGCACCAGACCGCUGGUUGAGAUCUCAUAUUCCGUCUUAUCCUAAAACGGCAAUGCCAACACAUGUAGUUUUGUUUGAUUCUCUUGAAUCAAAAAUAUCUGAUUUUUUGACUAAUUAUUAUUUAAUAGAUCGGAUACACCACACAGAUUAUGCAGAUGAACGAGUUGGGAAUUACGUUCUAGUAUUUGAGCGGAAAAAUCUUAAUACACCUGGCGAUAACAUUUUUAACAAAGAAGCAGAAGAAACUGAUGAUCAAGAAGCUUUUUAAACCUGCUAAUUAUUCAUUUUUUUCUUAAAGUAAUUGAAUAAUUCAAAUACUUUUUUAAAACUUAUAGAAGUAAAUUCUGUUUAUGCGUUUUAAUGAUUUGCCAAAGUUAUUUAAAGGUUAUAUCUGCAAAUUCAAAUAUAAUAAAUUGU